CCAGGGCAUUCUGAGGUGAUGCACAGGUAGACAGCACUGUUUGAGAUCCUCCACCCAAAUCCAGCAGGAAUUACAUUUUUGGAACUUUUUAAUCUUUUGAAACUUUUUCCACUUUCAUCAUUUCUAAUUUUUAGUCACUGAAGUUAAAUCAUGGCCAAUGCAGGUAUACAGCUUCUUGGCUUCACGCUGGCUUUCCUGGGCUUCAUUGGCUCGAUUGCAUCCACAGUCAUGGUGGAAUGGAAAGCUUCGUCCUAUGCAGGAGACAACAUCAUCACAGCCCAGGCGAUGUUUGAAGGACUGUGGAAGAGUUGUGUAUCACAGAGCACCGGUCAAGUUCAGUGUAAAGUGUAUGAUUCACUUCUCCAGCUGCCAGGGAUUGUACAGGGCACACGAGGGCUGAUGCUGGCCUCCAUCUUGCUGAGCUUAAUUUCUAUCUUGGUGGAGGUGGUGGGCAUGAGGUGUACCACCUGUAUGGCACAAGAACCAGAACAGAAGGACAAAGUGGCUCUUGCUGGAGGGAUUAUCUUCAUUAUUGCCGGUCUGCUUGCUCUGGUGGGAACGUCUUGGUAUGGCAACAGAAUAGCAAAGGAAUUCUACGACCCAUUUACUCCCACUAACGCCAGGUAUGAAUUUGGAAGUGCCCUGUAUGUUGGAUGGGGAGCUGCCUGUCUCACCCUUAUAGGAGGAGGCUUCCUCUGCUGCAACUGCUCCAACGAGAGCUCAGGGAAAUCUCCACGGUACCCAGCAUCCCGCUCUGCAGGCCAGCCAGGCAAGGACUACGUCUAGGACAGUCACUCCAUCUAUCCUAUGUUUAAUGAUGAAUGCUGUCUUUGUGGGGAAUUGUGUUACAACAUGUAUAUUUGCAGGUGUUAUAUUUUGUUAGGUAAUACAAUAAAAAAGGUUUGUGAUCCCCUAAAUUUGUCAUUGAAGAGAAAUUUUUAAAUUCAUUCACAAUAGAUGAAAUUAACGUUAAAUGCUACUUGAAAUUAAAUAUUAAAUAUAAACAUAAAGAUAUGUUUGGCCAGAAUUUCUCAGAAGAUUGCAAUCUUUGGAUCUUCCAUUUAGUACAAAUAUGCUCAGGGGUUGACUGUUAUUUUUGUUACUUGUUUGUUACUAAAAUAAAAUCCUCAUUACUUUGCUAUUAUUGUAUGUUUUAUAUUCUGAAAAUUUUGUUUUGUUCGAGGCGUAACACAUGUUUGUUGAUGGUCAAAAUCAGUGUCCGGGCAUUUGCCUUUCCUUUUGGCAGUAUUGAAGUAAGAAAAUAGGUCACAAACAGUAGUGGACGUAUUUAUUCAUACAUGGUAUCUUUGUACUUUUGAAUGUUUGUCUGUGUCACUAUCUGUAACAAAUGUACAGUGGCUGCAGUAUUCAGAUCAUUUACUUAAGUAAAAAUACUAAUCCCACACUGUAAGAAAUACUUUUAUUACAAGUAAAAGACCAGCCAUCAAGCCCUCACUUAAGUAAAAGUAAGUAUUAUCAAUUAUUUUCAAACGUGUUUUAGUAAAAACUGUCAGUCUUUUAGUAUUAUAUAUUUU